CAAAAUUGAUGGAGUAUUCAAGAAGAAGCAAGUGAAGAGGCUCACAAGUAGCUUCAACACAAAUGAAGGGCGUUCACAAGCAAAUGACAAAUAUCUACCUAAGGGGUUAACCAUUCCCUUUAUUUUUAUAUGUUUUCUUAGGGUUAUCUUUGAAUUUAGUGGCAAAGCUGUCAGAAAUGGUGAUGUUGGGUUUGUUGUGGUUAUUGACGUUAGUCUCUAUUGAAACAACUUGAAACUCCAUUAAAAACGUUCUUCAUUGAAUUUGCUUGUGAGCUUUUUGCCUUUGACACCGUCAAGAAACAACUAAAGUUAAUGUUUUCAUAUUUACCUUUUUUUAAAAAAAUUAAAAAAUACUUAUUAAAUGAACUUGCAAGAAAACUAAUGCAUUUUAUUACAAUAAUGUUAUAAGAUAAACACUUUUAAUUCAUCAUGAGGAUAAGUAAGAGCGCGCUUGGAAAAAAAAAAGCCCCCUUCAACUAAUAUUGACCUCUUCCCUUUUUCCAAAUAAUACCCCAUCUUUCCACCAGCUAGCAUUUAAAGCUUGAUGUAUUGCCAAAAUAGACCCCUCAAUUCUCUCAUUUCUAGUUGAGGCAAUUCCCACAUUUUUUGGCGGUAAAAGUGUUUGGUGGGAAAAAAUACAACAACGUUCAAGAAAAUAACAUAUCAUCCAAUAUUCCCAAUUUCUUUUUUUAAAUAAAAAAAAAAAAAAAAAAAAGCCCACUCUCGAUAACCACGUGCUUUGGAUACCCAAUUUAAAUUACCCUACCAAAUAUUCAUUUCCAAACAAUUUGGACAAAAAAGUGCAUAAAAACAUUAACUUCUUCUUCAAAUAGCGCGUCGUAUCACGUGAUACUUAGCGCGUGAGAUAAAACAAAAAAAAUAAAAAUUAAGCAAAUAAUAUGAACACUCCCCCCUUUUUUCUGCCCUAGUUCCUCCUUCAAAAUAACAAGCGCAUGAAAAAUGAACUUCGAAUGAAUUUGAAAACAGAGGAGAGAGAAAAAGUGUGAUGAUAAUGCUGUUAUUACCCUAAAAAACUCCAGAUUAUUCAACAUUUUCUUCGUUUGAUCGAUAAUCAAUGAGAUGAUUCGGGAUUUUUGUGGAUGAAAUUUGCAUUGGAGUUUCUAGGGUUUAUGUGAUUGUUUUUUGGGGGAUCAAAUAGGAGUUGUCGACGAAGAGGUAAGUGUUUCUGAGUUUGAUUUGAAGGUUUAAUUUGAUGAAUGUUGGUGUAUAAUUAGGGUUUUUAUUUCUGUAAUGUUUGUUGGAUGAAUAAUCGAAAAUAGGGGGGUUUGCUCUGUUUUUUUUGAAGUAAUUUGUGAUGCGAAAAUCUGAAUCGGAAACCAUUUCUCCUUCGAAAGAAGGGAAUGGGAACCGGUCGGGUGUAAGAACUCGAAAGAAGCAUAAAAGACUUGAUGCAAUUAGUGAGGAGGUGUAUAAUAAGAAUCGGGGGGUUAAAUUGGAGUCUAAUGAGGGUACUAGUAGAAGAGGGGAAUUAGUGGGGAAGGAGACGGAGCUUCGUCGAAGCUCGAGGGCGAUAAGGGCACCGGUGAUUCUUGAUUCGUCGCCUCCCCCUUCGAGGAAGAGGCGGAAACUUGAUAAGUUAGGGGGGAAUGUUAACGGGGGUUCAGGGAAGAAGUUGAGGGGGAAGGGGAAAGUGAAGAAUGAUGGUCCUAUUCCGAGUGUUGUGAAUUCGGAGGAGGAAUUGGGAGCUUUGAGGUUGAGGGUAAGGUCUAGGGGUAAAAGUGAAGGACUUAGUUUGGUAGGUAGUCGGAAUAAGGCUCGUGGGAAGAGGAAGCUUUGUUGGGAUGAUGAUGAGGAGAUUAAUUCUGUAAAGGAUGAUCCGGUGGAGGAAGAGCCUUGCUUGGAUAGUGAUAAAUCGAAGGUUAUGGAGUCUAGUGAACCUGGUAGUGUUAGGGUUUCAGUUGAUGAUGAGGAUGAGGAUGUGGAUGAGUUGCAUGAUGAUCAUUUAGAAGAUGGCAACUUGGAAAAUGCGGUUGAUGCCUUAGGGGAUGAAGGUGAUGGGGAUUGUAUGCCCUCAAAAAGUGGUAGAAUAGUCGGAAAUGAGGAGAUUAGCGAUGGUAGUCUUGUUCAUCUUGUGGAUAUAGAGAGUGAAGGUCCUAAGGAUAAUGUAUCUAUGGAAAAUGUUGAUAGGAUUGACAAUAUGGUAGGUGAUGAGAAGAAUCAUGAAGCAUUGGGUUCAUUGAAACAUGAUGAGGGUGAUGAAAAUCAAAAUCAAGCAGCAGAGGUGACUGCGAUGGCUACUGAUUUAGCUGAAGAUGUGGGACAUGAUGUUUUAAAAGAGGUUGUUGCAGAAGUUAAGGAAAAACAUGCAGAGGUUGAUGGUGGUGCAGACCAGGCUGAUUGCAAUGUUGCUGUUGGUGGGAUUCCUAAAUCACGUGUAAAGAAGGGAAGACGAUGUGGUUUGUGUGGGGGAGGGACUGAUGGAAAGCCUCCAAAGGUUACGGCUAAUGAUUCAGCUGGGAGUGACAAUGAGGCAUACAGUGGUUCAUCUGCUUCUGAGGAAUGCAACUAUGAUCCAUGGGAUGGUUUUGGUGAUGAAUCUGGUUGGCUUGGAAGACUCUUGGGCCCCAUAAAUGACCGAUAUGGAAUUGCUGGAAUUUGGGUUCAUCAACAUUGUGCUGUAUGGAGUCCAGAGGUUUAUUUUGCUGGCUUAGGGUGUUUAAGAAACAUCAGAGCUGCACUUUGUAGAGGAAGGGCGUUGAAAUGUACCCGUUGUGGAAGACCUGGGGCAACUCUUGGGUGCCGUGUGGAUCGGUGUCCAAGAACUUACCAUUUGCCUUGUGCACGAGCUAGUGGCUGCAUAUUUGAUCACCGUAAAUUUCUUAUAGCCUGCGCUGAUCAUCGGCAUCAUUUCCAACCUCAUGGGUUUCAAUAUGCACAACAUAUGAAGAAGCUUAAGGCUAAGAAGGUGAGGUUGGAACUGAGAAAGGUGUCAAAUGAUGCUUCACGAAAAGAUCUUGAGGCAGAAGAAAAGUGGUUGGAGAAGUGUGGUGAGGAUGAAGAAUUUUUGAGGCGUGAAUCAAAAAGGCUUCAGCGUGAUUUGUUAAGAAUUGCCCCUGUGUACAUAGGGGGCCCACAUUCUGAAGGUCAGAAAUCUUUUGAGGGUUGGGAAUCUGUUGCAGGACUCCAGGGUGUCAUACAAUGUAUGAAAGAGGUUGUCCUCUUGCCUCUUCUGUACCCAGAGUUUUUUAAAAACAUGGGGAUUACACCACCCAGAGGCGUUCUAUUGCAUGGUUAUCCUGGAACAGGCAAGACUCUAGUUGUGCGCUCAUUGAUUGGGGCCUGUGCUCGUGGGGAUAAACGCAUAGCUUAUUUCGCCCGGAAAGGUGCAGAUUGUUUGGGAAAAUAUGUUGGGGAUGCUGAGCGACAGCUUAGACUUCUCUUCCAGGUUGCCGAGAAAUCUCAGCCUUCAAUAAUUUUUUUUGAUGAAAUUGAUGGGUUGGCACCUGUUCGUACGCGGCAGCAAGACCAGACUCACAGUUCAGUGGUAUCCACCUUGCUAGCCUUAAUGGAUGGCUUAAAGUCUCGAGGAUCUGUUAUAGUUAUAGGUGCUACAAACCGUCCUGAUGCUGUAGAUCCAGCUUUAAGACGCCCUGGAAGGUUUGAUAGAGAAGUUUAUUUUCCACUACCUUCAACGAAUGAUAGAGCUGCUAUUUUGGCUCUUCAUACAAGAAAGUGGCCUAAACCAGUAUCUGCUACUUUGCUGGAGUGGGUCUCUGCUAGAACUGUGGGCUUUGCCGGUGCAGAUCUGCAAGCUCUUUGUGCUCAAGCAGCUGUUAUCGCCUUGAAAAGAAAUUGCUCAUGGCACCAAAUUAUUUCUUAUGCUGAAAACAAUCUUGAGCAGGGAAAACGUCCACAGCUUCCUUCAUUUGUGGUGGAAGAGAAAGAUUGGUUGGAGGCUCUUUCCCUUGCUCCUCCUCCAUGUUCCCGUAGAGAGGCAGGGAUGGCUGCAAAUGAAGUUGUUGGCUCUCCUCUUCACAUGCAUCUUAUUCCUUUCCUGCUCCAGCCACUUUUAAGCUUGAUGAUAUCUCUAUAUCUUGAUGACCGUCUCUGGUUACCUCGUCGUCUCGUAUAUGCCACAGCAGCCAUUGAAAGGGUUGUUGUUUCAGUUUUGGAGAAAAAAGGUUUGCAGAGUGAUAAAUGGUGGUGCCAUGCACAAGAUAUGGUGCAAGAUGCAGAAACUACUAAAGAGAUUGUGAGAAAUCUUCUCAUUGCUGGAAUCCUAGAAGGAGAUGCUUCUUCCGCCAGUUGUGAUAUGUCAAGUGAUACUUCAUCUGGGGAUGGUGGAUUUCGCUCAUCUGAUCUUCAUGUCAAUACUUCUGGUUCACACCAAAAAUUUUGUGAUGCUCUAUCAAAGAAAAUAGGGUAUAGGAUAAUGAUUUCAGGGGAUCCAAGAUCUGGCCAAAAGCAUCUUGCUUCGUGCCUUCUUCAUUGUUUUGUGGGCAAUAUUGAAAUGCAGAAGAUUGAUUUGGCUACAAUUUCACAAGAGGGGCAUGGCGAUAUGGAACAAGGCAUUUCAAAUAUUUUAAUGAAAUGUGCCAGUUUGAAGAUGUGUGGUUUAUUCAUGCCCAGGAUUGAUCUGUGGGCUGUACAGUCAUGCCCGAGUGUCCAGGAAGAUGUUGAGGUUGCAACAUUACAUCAGUCUUCCAAGGAAUCCUUGUCAACAUCUUGUUCAACUGGUCAUGAGAACUGUAGUCCCAUUCCAAGCAAAUCUGAACCAAUGGAAGUGACAGCAUGCCAAUACAAAGAUUGCAGUGCCUCCCAGAUAUGGAGAUCUUUUGUGGAGCAUCUAGAAUACAUACGUGUAUCCUCAUCCCUUAUCAUACUGGCUACAUCAGAGAUUCCAAGUUCAGCUCUUCCUCCAGAACUGCGUCAGUUCUUUGGCUGUGACAUUUUAACAUCUGAAGGGUCUGUUCAUUCGGAGUAUGGAACUCCCCGAUUUUCUGUGGAGGUGGAAAGGGAGUUUCACCAUGAUAAGUUGAUCCAUUCGGCUGCAUUGGACUUAUCACAGGAUCUGAUUCAACAAUUUGUGCAACUUGUUCACAUUGGAAAUCAUGGUGAUUCAGAUUCAAGUACUGCCUAUAAUGCUCGUCAUGGAGGUAAAGUUGAUGUGUUAAGUCACCAAAGUGAACUCAAAUUAAUGGAGGAACCUAGAGCAAAACCAGAACUGGCAGAAGGCUCUAUUGCGAAAUUGCCAGCGCCAUCUGCAUCUAGAAAUGGCAAAGGAAAAUCAUCCGUGACGUUGGCUAUAACUGCUUUUGGCUAUCAAAUUCUGAGGUACCCACAUUUUGCUGAACUCUGUUGGAUCACUUCCAAGCUGAACGAAGGUCCAAGCACUGACAUCCGUGGACCUUGGAAAGGAUGGCCAUUUAAUUCUUGCAUUGUACGCCCUUCUAAGUCAGUAGCAAAGGAAACUGUUGCAUGCAAUUCUAACAGCAGUAAAGGUAAGGACCAGUUUACAUUGGUUAGAGGCCUAUUAGCUGUGGGCUUGUCUGCAUAUCGAGGAGUAUAUACAUCUCCGCUGGAAGUUUCUCUGGAGGUAAGGAAGGUGCUUGAGCUCCUCAUUGAGCAAAUAGCUACCAGGAUCCAGGCAGGAAAAGACAGAUACCAAUAUUUUCGCCUUUUGUCCCAAGUUGCUUACCUAGAGGACAUGGUUAACAGCUGGUCUUACUCAUUAAAAAGCUUAGAGGCAGAUGCUCAAACAUCUAUUGUGAACUCGAAGCUAAAUGGUGCUCAGUGUCCUGAAACUCUGCAGCCUCCAGCUGCUAAGCCUAUGCAAGUUUUAGAAGACCCAAUUGAGGAGAGCCUGCAGGGCUGUAUUGCUGGAAAUCCUUUACACACACCAGGUGACAAUUCUAUGCAGGUUGAAACAGAGCCUAAUAUUCCAGGUAAUGGUUUUCAGCAGCCAGAACUUGAACUAGUGCUGCCAGAAACUAUUGAUGUAAGUGCUCAACCUGCUGAUUCAAACAUGGGAACUAUUGAUUCUGGCAAUGACAAUCUGACGGAGGCAGUGAGCCUUGUUGAAGAGUCUCAAUCAACAGCUGCGGCUACAAUCCAUAUUGCACAGGAUGUUCAUUCUGAAGUAAAGGUUGCAAAUGAAGAAAAGGAAUCAGCUAACCAAAUACUUUCAGGGAGCAAUAUUGUGUCUAGAACCUACUGUGUGGGUUCUGUUCAUCAAUCGUAUAUUAUAAUACCCCAGAAAUUUACAGGAUCUGAAGAGCCAGAGUUGGAACAUUUUGAAGAUAUUUCCGUCACUGGUGGACACAUGCAGACUAAACAAGAGUCUAGUCAAUUGGCUUGUACAGAAUCUCUUGAUCAACUAGCAGCCGGUAUUUGUAACUCAGGAAAACUUGAAAACACUGAGCUCCAUGUAUCCAGUGAAUUCUGCAAUCAAUCUAUUACUGAACCCUUGGUGGAAUAUGAACAAUCUUCUGAAGCUGCAAAUUGUACAAGUGAUCUUCAGCUCCAUGAUUCCAAGUCUUCUCAGAGCAGUGAUUUGCCAUCAGAGUCUGAGGUUAUAUGCUCUUACAGUUGUUGCAGUGAAUGCAUUUAUACUCUUCAACAAUUGCUAAAGAAAAUAAUCGCCCAAGAGUGGAAAUUAUCUUCAUGUUGCACCGUGGAAGAUGUCCAUGAUCUUGUUUCAGCACUAUCCUCAAGUCUGUGCUCAACUAUAAGGAAUCUGUAUAGCAUUGAAAGAUGCAGUAACUUCGAGAAUGGAGGUCUGAGAAAGCUUGAAUCUCAGGAAGAAAAUGCUUGUCAAUGUGAGGCUUCAGAAAAUAAGCUGGCAAAUCUUGUUGAAUGUGUUUGUCAUUCAGGGAAGGAGUUUUCUAAGAGAGUCUAUUUUUCUACAUACAACCAACCCGAAUCCAGUCUGACUUACCUUUUUAGGAACGGUGUCUUGAUUUCUGCAAAUUCUGACGAUUCUUCUUUCCAUUGUAAAUAUGAUAACUUGUGCCUAUCUUCUUUGAUAGAGGUGAUAGAAGACACUAGACAGCCUUUAGAUUGAUCUAGUGUUCAUGUAGUAAUCAUACUGGCUUGGAAAAGCGCAAUUUUGGCAGUGUUAUGGUAUUCAGAUUCAAGAUCGAUCAUAUACUAUGAGAUGCAUGAAUAUGGAUAUUUGCUAUA